UGAGGAAGAAGAUGGGACCUGGGAGAGGGGAAAGGGAUGGGUGUUUGUUGAAUGCCUGUGCCAGACAUGUGACAUACUCUCAUGCCAUUUUAUAGUUCAUCCUCGCUCCAUUUUACAGGAAGAAAUGGGGGGAGGACCCGCCCCGGGUCACACGGCUAGGAAGGCUGAGGUUCUUGGACUCUUGGUCCACCGCUGGACCAGGGUGGACCUUCUUCCUCUUGCCUCCUUCCCGGGGAUCCCCGAGGGGGGCACCCUGGCCUCUCCCUCCCAGCAGAGGCCAAUGCUGCUGACACCUCUCCACUGGAGCCACAAGCAGGGCUGGCUUUUGUUCCUGUCACUCACUUGCUGAGUCAGGGCUCUGUCCCCCGAGGGGCCCUCUCUCCUCCCUGCCUAUAAGAGCCUGACCUCGGCCGUUCCCGGGUCUGGCAUGUUCUCUGGGUCUGUCUCGGAAACGAGCGGCAUGUCUCUGCAGUGCACCAAGUCGGCGGGACACUGGAAGAUCGUGGUGUGGGAUGAAGAGGGCUUCCAGGGCCGGCGGCAUGAGUUCACGGCUGAGUGCCCCAGCGUGCUGGAGCUUGGCUUCGAGACUGUUCGAUCUUUGAAAGUGCUGAGUGGCGCGUGGGUGGGUUUUGAGCACGCCGGCUUCCAAGGGCAGCAGUAUGUGCUGGAGCGGGGCGAGUACCCGUCCUGGGACGCCUGGAGCGGCAACACGUCCUACCCCGCCGAGCGGCUCACCUCCUUCCGGCCCGUGGCCUGCGCCAACCACCGUGACUCGAGGCUGACCAUCUUCGAGCAGGAGAACUUCCUGGGCAGGAAAGGAGAGCUGAGUGAUGACUACCCCUCCCUCCAGGCCAUGGGCUGGGAUGGCAAUGAAGUGGGCUCCUUCCACGUCCACUCGGGGGCCUGGGUCUGCUCCCAGUUUCCUGGCUAUCGAGGUUUUCAGUACGUGCUGGAGUGUGACCACCACUCAGGCGACUACAAGCACUUCCGGGAGUGGGGCUCUCACGCCCAGACCUUCCAGGUGCAGAGCAUCCGAAGGAUCCAGCAGUGAGCAGAGGGGUCGGCGCUGAGCAGGGGACGCGUGCUUGUCUGGAACAGAGGAACCGCGGACGCUGCUACCAGCUCUCUCCUCUGCCCGCCCCGUCACCCGUAUGCACCCAGUUAAUCCCGUGGGCCAGUCCACGCACAGUCAGCACGAAAAACUAAAAGUAAUACUAAAAUAAAAGGUCUAGUGUUACCCUGUGGUUUUCCAUUUUGUGAAUCCUCUCAGAGGAUCGAAGUGUAGCUUUGUUGAUUUUCUCGGUCGUUCGUCUGUGUUUCAUUUCACUGAGUUUUGCUCUUAUCCUUCCUGUUUUUCAUCUUCUAUUAUUUUGGGUUUACUUUAUUCGUCUGUUGUCUAGCUUUUAAAGGCAGACCCUUGAGUCAUUAAUUAUGGCCCCUCCCCCCAUAUGGGUUUCCCUGGUGGC